AGCAACGUGUGCUCAGAAGCAGCCGGCGCGGGUGCCGUUGAGGCAGCGGAGGGAGGCAGGACCGACUGACGGACGGACAGAAGGAAGGCGACCUGAGAGCGGGUCCCGGAGCCGCGCGGUGGGCGAGAUGCCGGGGCCGCCGGCCCUGCGGCUGCUGCUGCUGCUGCUCCUGGCCACCGGCAGUGCCGGGGCCGCGCCACUUCCGCAAACAGGUGCAGGGGAGGCACCUGCUGCAGAAGUUUCCUCAUCUUUUGUGAUCCUAUCUGUGUGCAGUUUCGUGAUAUUAAUUGUGUUAAUUGCAAACUGUGUAUCCUGCUGUAAGGACCCAGAGAUAGACUUUAAGGAAUUUGAAGAUAAUUUUGAUGAUGAGAUAGAUUUCACACCACCAGCAGAAGAUACUCCCUCUGUCCAAUCUCCAGCAGAGGUCUUCACACUUUCAGUACCAAAUAUUUCACUACCAGCUCCAUCACAAUUCCAGCCUUCUGUAGAAGGUUUGAAGUCUCAAGUUGCCCGCCAUAGUCUAAACUACAUACAGGAAAUUGGAAAUGGCUGGUUUGGAAAGGUCCUCCUUGGAGAGAUUUACACAGGCACUAGCGUAGCAAGAGUAAUAGUGAAGGAGUUAAAAGCAAGUGCAAGCCCAAAGGAACAAGAUACUUUUUUGAAAAACGGAGAACCUUACUAUGCCCCGCUGGCCUGUCUUCAGGGUGAUCUGAAAGCGUAUCUGCGCACGGAGCAGGGGCACAUGCGGGGAGACGCGCAGACCAUGCUGCUGCAGAGGAUGGCGUGUGAGAUCGCCGCGGGGCUGGCCGCCAUGCACAAGCUGCACUUCCUGCACAGUGAUUUAGCCCUGCGGAAUUGUUUUCUUACCUCUGACUUAAACGUUAAAGUGGGAGAUUAUGGAAUAGGAUUCAGCAGGUACAAGGAGGAUUACAUUGAAACAGAUGAUAAAAAAAUUUUCCCUCUGCGAUGGACUGCUCCAGAAUUAGUAACCAGCUUUCAAGACAGACUACUAACUGCAGAUCAAACUAAGUAUAGUAAUAUUUGGUCCCUGGGUGUGACACUUUGGGAGCUUUUUGAUAAUGCUGCUCAACCAUAUUCCAACCUUUCCAACUUAGAUGUCCUCAAUCAAGUCAUUAGAGAGAGAGACACAAAGCUCCCCAAGCCCCAGCUGGAGCAGCCUUAUUCUGAUAGAUGGUAUGAAGUUUUGCAGUUCUGUUGGCUGUCGCCAGACAAGAGACCAGCAGCGGAAGACGUGCACAGACUGCUAACUUACCUGCGCAUGCAAAGCCAGCGGGACUCGGAAGUUGACUUCGAACAACAGUGGAACGCUCUUAAGCCAAAUACGAACAGCAGAGAUGCUUCCAGCAAUGCUGCUUUCCCAAUCCUUGACCAUUUUACUCGGGAUCGGCUGGGCCGUGAAAUGGAGGAAGUCCUCACCGUGACCGAGACGAGCCAAGGACUGAGCUUUGAGUACGUCUGGGAGGCGGCGAAGCAUGAUCAUUUCGAUGAGCACAGUCGGGGCCACCCAGACGAAGCCUUGUCCUACACAAGCAUCUUCUAUCCAGUUGAAGUGUUUGAGAGCUCCCUUUCCGAUCCUGGGCCUGGGAAACAGGAUGACAGUGGCCAGGAUGUCCCCCUGAGGGCCCCCGGAGUGGUUCCUGUUUUUGAUGCUCACAACCUUUCUGUGGGAAGUGACUAUUAUAUCCAAUUAGAAGAAAAAAGUAGUAGCAACUUGGAGCUUGAUUACCCUCCUGCGCUGCUCACGACAGAAAUGGACAAUCCCGAAAGGAUGGGUGCGGAGCCACCCCAGGGUGCAGCGCAUAGGAGCCUGGAAUUAGAGGAGUCUAGUACCGACGAGGACUUCUUCCAAAGCAGUACGGACCCCAAAGAUGCGAGCUUACCUGAGGACGUACAUGUUCCCAGUGGCCCUGAGAGCCCUUUCAACAGUAUAUUUAAUGAUCUGGACAAAUCGGAGGAUUUGCCCAGCCACCAAAAAAUAUUUGACUUAAUGGAACUAAACGGCGUUCAAGCUGACUUUAAGCCUACCACUUUAAGUUCAAGUUUGGAUAACUCCAAAGAGUCUGUAAUAACUGACCACUUUGAAAAGGAAAAGUCCCAUAAGCUUUUUGACUGUGAUCCUCUUUGUCUGUCAGAAAAUCUUAUGCACCAAGAUAAUUUUGAUCCAUUGAAUGUUCAAGAAUUGUCAGAAAACUUUUUAUUUCUUCAAGAGAAAAACUUACUAAAAGGCUCAUUGUCUAGCAAAGAACAUGUCAGUGAUCUUCAAACAGAGCUUAAGAAUGCUGGUUUUACUGAAACUAUAUUAGAAACUUCACCUAGAAACUCUUUAGAUACCGAGCUUAAGUUUGCUGAAAAUAAACCAGGCUUUACUUUGUUACAGGAAAACCUCGGCGCAAAGGGCAAAGAUACGGACGUUGUGCUCACAGACAGCACUCCAAGCGCCUCGUUGCUGUCCUCCCCGGAAGUGCAGGUACCUCCUACCUCACUCGAAACAGAAGAAACGUCUCACAGUGUACCUCCAGGUUCAUUCUUGCACCAGGGAGAAACCAAACCCGCAUGUUUAGAUGUCAGUGUCUCUGAGGACUGUCUCUGCCAGGACGUCAGUGCAGACACUGGGACUGUCCCAGUUGAAAUUCUCUCAACUGACGCCAAAACUCACAGCGUUGGCGACGGGUCCCAGGACUCGACUCGCCAAGGCGAAGAGACCUUGGGAGUAACCAAAAGUGAGUCAGUUGUUGAUAUUCUUCCUAGUAAAGUGAGUAUAGGGAGUAGUCAUCCUGAAUUAGGACAGAACUUACAAAAUAAACCGUUUUCAGAAGACCGUCAUAGUAAUAGUUUGCUGGAGAAAAACUUGGAAGCUGUGGAGACUUUAAAUCAGCUCAAUUAUAAAGAUGCUACAAAAGAAGCAGGCUUGGUGUCCGCCCUUUCCUCGGACUCUACCAGUCAAGACAGCCUCUUAGAAGACAGCUUGUCAACACCCUUUCCGGCCUCGGAGCAGUCGGUGGAAACCCCAGACUCCUUAGAGUCAGUGGAUGUCCAUGAGGCGUUACUGGAUUCUUUAGACUCUCACACUCCUCAGAAACUCUUGCCCCCUGAUAAGCCAGCAGACAGUGGCUACGAAACAGAGAACUUGGAGUCGCCUGAGUGGACUUUGCACCCUGCUCCCGAGGGUACCUCCAACUCAGACUUGGCCUCAGUGGGUGACGGCGGUCAAACCAGUUUGCCUCCCAACCCGGUCAUUGUCAUCUCAGAUGCAGGCGAUGGCCACAGAGGUACCGAUGUGACUUCACAGACUUUUGCACCUGGCUCCCAGAGUUCAUAUCGAGACUCAGCAUACUUCUCAGAUAAUGACUCUGAGCCCGACAAAAAGUCUGAGGAGGUCCCAGGAACCUCCACGUCAGCCUUGGUGUCAGUACAGGGCCCAUCCCUGCCCGAGCCAGUCAGCCCAGAGCAGAAUCCUGAUGCCGAGGGUAGUUUCCUGGAAAGCACAGAGAGCCAGCUGGCUCAGAGUUGUCUGCCUGCUUUGCAGAAUUCCAGUCACCUGGAAUUAAGAGAAACGCUGGAGCCACCACAGGCUGAUGUUUCCAAACAGAUGCAUCCUGCAGACGACGAGGCUGGCAGUCCCUUGAGUUUGCUGCAUCCAGAACUUAGCAGCAGCGAUGACUUUGAGACACAGGAAGAUUGCCCCUGCACCCUCACUUCCACCGGAACCAAUACUAAUGAACUCCUCGCGUAUGCAAGUUCGGCAGUGGAUAAGUCCCUAAGCGGCCACUCCGACAGCCCCAAGUUGAAGGAGCCAGAUAUCGAGGGGAAAUACCUGGGGAAGCUCGGUGUGUCGGGGAUGCUCGACCUCUCUGAGGACGGGAUCGACGCGGACGAGGAGGACGAAAACAGCGACGAUUCUGAUGAGGACCUGAGGGCCUUCAACCUGCACAGCCUCAGCUCCGAGUCAGAAGAGGAGACUGAGCACCCUGUGCCCGUGAUCCUCAGCAAUGAGGAUGGGAGACACUUGCGCAGUUUGCUGAAGCCCUCGGCAGCCGCGGCCACCGACCAGCUACCUGAUAGCUGGAAGAAAGAAAAGAAGGCGGUCACGUUUUUUGAUGAUGUCACAGUUUACCUGUUUGACCAGGAGACCCCAACCAAAGAGCUGGGGCCCUGCGGAGGAGAGGCGCGUGGCCCUGAGCUGAGCAGCCCAGCACCGUCCUCAGGCCCACCCUACCUGAGCAGGUGCAUAAAUUCCGAAAGCUCCACGGAUGAAGAAGGUGGAGGCUUUGAAUGGGACGAUGACUUCUCCCCAGACCCUUUUAUGUCAAAGACAACAAGUAACCUUCUCUGCUCCAAGCCUUCUCUGCAAACGUCAAAAUACUUCUCGCCGCCACCGCCAGCCCGGGGCGCAGAGCAGAGCUGGCCCCACGUGGCGCCCUACUCCAGGUUCUCCAUCUCCCCCGCCAACAUCGCCAGCUUCUCUCUCACGCACCUGACUGACUCGGACAUUGAGCAAGGAGGAAGCAGUGAAGACGGAGAAAAAGACUAGGCGGCUGCCGACGCGCUCUCAGGUCGGAGGCUGCUCUCCAGAGCUGCAGUCCCGUGUCCUCGGCCCAAGCAGUGCCGUCCCCUCCACAUUUGCUGCGGCGAGAUUGGGAGAGCGGGAGAGCGCACCAGGAGAAGGCAAACGCCCUGCGCUGCGUCCGAGGCGGGGCCCUGGGGGAGCCCCAGUGGGGAGCGUGGCCGUGGCCGUGUCCCAGCAGCUGGUGUCCCUCAGCUCCGCGCACCCGCGGCUGCUCUCACACUUGAAGUGCUCACAUGGUGGUCGUUCUGGGGAAGCGCCCACACCACCUCCGUGCGCGGCACCGGUGUGUCUGUGCUCCAGGUGGGUGUUCUCUGCGUCUACACCUGUACACCCGGUCCCCGCACGGGCGCGGCAGAGGACGCACUGGGGAAAUGGUCACGAGUGAGCCAUAUUUAUUACUUUUAAAGAAAUCACUAAUUGCUUUCUGUAAUUGCACUGUGGAUAAAUGUUAAGAGUCUCCAAUGUUGUACAGAAUCUUAAAUUAUUCAAGGAAAAUAAGGCAGGUCAAGCUGGUGCUACCCACUAGUUUGAUUUUUUUUCUGUUCUAUAGUUUGCUCUGCAUGGUACCUGUAAAGCUUAAAUAUUUUGAGUGUUAUGCUGUCCUUGGAAUUGUUGGAGUUGUACAUAUGGUACUCUUUCAUGAAUGAUAAUGAUUCUGAAUGUUAGUGUUUUAUGUUCUUAUAGGAAAUAUUUUCAAUGAGUCCAGAAAUACCACUCUGUUGUGUUGAUGGAAGCAAACACAUUUUUGUCUCUUGUCUACAAGGUGGUUUCUCUGCAGCAAAUGAGGCUUCUCUCUGAGGAGCUGAAGGGUCUUGCAGCCUCUCCGUGCAAUUCUCCCACCCCAGCUCCCAACUUUUAAAAACCCUUUUGGUAAAAAUGGACUGGCGGUGUACCCCAGAACUCGGUGCCCUGGCCCUCGCCCUCCUGCCUGUGUCUAGGAGGCUGACUGCUGUGUAGCUUCAGUGUUCUCGUGAGUCUGUCCUUCCAGAAGCCAGGACUCGGAGGAAGAUGCAUCUCCACAGAGGGCUCUGGUUGUUGAGGAUGGUUUAAUUGUUUGUACACUUCAGGUGUUGUUGAUUUGAGCUUUUUAAAAAAAUCUCCACAGCUGAAUUUUCCCCUUGGAGCCACUCCAAGUCACGUCCAGGUGUGGCCAGUCUCUUUGUAGCCUCGGAGAUACACUACAGCCUGCACCUGUGGGGGCAAGGGCAGCGCCUCAGCAGCUGACACGUCCAACUGGUUGGGACCUUGAGUGGCCCUGUGUGGCCCCAGGGCUUAUCUGGACGGACCCUUCCCUUCUGCAUUAGGCACCAAGUUCUCUUGCUUUGAAAGGGACCGAUGUUUCCAGUGCAGCUUCAUGGUGUUGGCAGGAACCGGUGUUCACAGCGCAAGGCCGACAUCAUCCAGCCCUCGGUGAGCUCUGCCCUGACAUGAGGAAGCCUCCGGUGGCCGGUGCAGCAUACUGUGCUGAGGGAGUCACCAUUGGUACCAGCUGGGUCCACAGGCCCGUGGCCCCCUCACACUGGCCCUUCACCCCAGAUAUUUUCCGGUGCUGAUGUGCUUUCCAGACCUGGUGUAACCCCGGGCCGGCUCUCCAGGCCCAGGCGGGGGCUGCCCAGUGUAAAUCGGAGGAACUCGGGUUCUAGUGCAAAAUGCAGAUGUGGACAUGGCCAGAGUUUAUAUAGCAAAUUACAACCUUUAGUACCAGUUCUGGUUCGCUCCACUAGUUUUUUAUACUAAGCAAUAAUUUUCCAAAGCAAGAAAAUGUAGAAUGAAGAGAGUCCCCUGACCCCCAGCCUGGUGUGAACACAGUGUGCUCUCCUGGGCUGUGCAGACAGCACUGGUUCUUGUGACGUGCGUAUGUUUUUUUAAAAAAUUAACAGGGCAUUAGAAGAUGAUUUUGCCAAAAUUGUCAUAACUCACAGUUUCUUGCUAUGGAGACUUCCUGAGUUUUCUGAAUUUUUACAUCUAACUGCCACUCUUGGUUGACAGAGAAAUGAGAGGUGACUGUACUCAUUUUUCCAAAUUAUAGACUUACGGAGUUCAGAUUUAAUGAGUAAAAAUCAAGAAGAUCCAUAGGAUAUAUAGUCUUCAUACACAGUCAGCCUAGGAUAAAUUUAUUGAUAUUUUGGGAUUGUACAUUUUUCACUAUGAUUAAGGAGAUUUUAACAACAUAAUUCCCAAUUUUAUUUUAAGUCUAUAUCACUCUCACAAUUGCCAAAACAUUUUAUACAUUGAGUCUGGGGGGUGGGUAGAGUAGUGGUGUUGCAUGGAAGGGAAGAUUUAUAUUUAUAAUAAAUAUGUGAGUAAACAUGUUUUUUUGAAAUCUCAAGCAAUACACAGGAAAUUUAAGUAGAUUGAAAUUUUCAGCCCAUUUUUAAAAUGUCAGCAUGUACUUUGUUCGAUUCAGUU